AUGUCGCUCUGUGUUGAUGAUCUUCCGGUAAUAGGAAAUAAUACAAGGCUGGUUGAGGAGUUUAAAGAGGAAAUGAUGCAAGUUUUUGAAAUGACAGAUCUUGAUCUUAUGACCUAUUUUCUUGGAAUGGAGAUCAAGCAAAGAAAAAGUGAAGUGUUCAUUAGCCAGAAGAAAUACGCAAAGGAAAUUGUGAAGAAAAUUCAAAUGGAGGAAUGCAAGUUGAUAAGCACACCGAUGAAUAAAAAUGAGAAGCUCUAUAAAGAAGAUGGAGGCGAAAAAGUUGAUGAAGGUUAUUAUAGAAGCUUGAUUGGAUGCUUAAUGUAUCUCACUACAACAAGGCCUGAUAUUUUAUUUGUUGUAAGUCUCUUAUCUCGUUUUAUGAUCUGUGCAAGUGAAAUGCAUUUAAGAGCAGCAAAAAGAAUAUUAAGAUAUAUCAAAGGUACUAUUAACUAUGGUGUAAAAUUUGAGAAGUUUCCAAGCUUCAAGUUACUUGGAUUCUCAGAUAGUGAUUGGGCUGGAUUCGCAGAUGAUAUUAUAAGUACCUCUGGCCAUUGUUUCAGCCUAGGUUUAGGAAUAUUCUCAUGGUCAUCUAAGAAAUAA